CUGGGGAGAGAUUCUUCUCAUAGCGGCAGAGAUAAUGAACAGCGUGGCAGCAGGAGAAAGAAGAGCGCUCAUCAGAGAACUAUUUUCAUUGCGUUUGGUUAUAUUUAUGCAGCUGAAUGUAAAGUAACACAAGGAGACAAGAUCUUGAAUUUUUUGAGUCUUUUUAAGGAACCUUUUGAGUCUUUUUGGAUUCUUUUUCAACAGACUUAACUCAAAGGAAAGAAAAAGCUGGAUGUAUUAUUUAAUAUAGGUGUACAGAGAAGAAACAACCUAACAAAUAAGGACUGAGAAUCAAAACACCAUGCUGACCCUUGAGCCCCCAAACAGCUCUCAGGCUUCAGUCACAAACACAUCUGAUACAGACAAUUGUGUGGACAAUAAAAUGCUCCAGAUGCCGCUGGUGGUGCUCUAUUCCAUCAUCUUCAUCCUGGGUCUCAUCGGGAACCUGUUGGCUCUGUGGGUGUUCUUCUUCGUCCGCUCUAAAAGGAACUCCAUGCGGGUCUUCCUCAUUAACCUCGCGUUGGCAGACCUGCUGCUGGCCAUAUGUCUGCCAUUCAGGAUCCAGUAUCACCUCCAGAAGAACCAAUGGAAAAUGUGGCCCUGGCUAUGUAAAACAGUGGGCUACUUCUUCUACAUGAACAUGUAUAUCAGCAUCACUCUGCUGGGGCUGAUCAGCGUCGAUCGCUACCUGAGGAUUUAUGGCAGUGCUGGUACUCGCAAUAAGCUGCAGUCCCCAACGUGGAGCAUCGCUGUCUGUGUCAUCAUUUGGAUGGUGGCCCUGGCUAUCAUGUUACCGUUCGUCAUUACAAAAAGUCACUCAACAACAAUGUGUUUCCACUACAGGAAUAUUGAGAAGGAGGAUAUGUGGAAAGUUCACAUCAACAUUAUUAUGUUGGCUGUCUUCUGGCUGGUCUUCAUCUGCCUGAUGGUGUCCUAUGGAAAGAUUGCCCAGAAGCUCUUCCAGAGAUCACAGGACUGUCCGCAUCUGCCCACAGCGCCACACUAUAGUCAAGUCGCACGGAAGUCCUUCUUCAUCCUGUUCCUGUUCGUCGUCUGUUUCGUUCCCUAUCACAUUAUACGUGGCUUCUAUAUAACAACCCAGAUCAACAAUGUGAGCUGUGUCUGGAAGAACUUGGCUGAUAAACUCAACGAGACAUCGUUGGUAUUUUCUGCCCUCAACAGCUGCCUGGACCCCGUCAUGUUUUUCCUCCUGUCUGGCUCGGUGAGGAAGGAGAUGCGGCGCUUCAUGAGAAGUGUGUUUCGUGUCCGAAGCAUUGGUAGAGCCACUGAACUGAACAGCAAGAACAAUAGGAUACAGUCAAAUGUCCGCACAACCAGCAAUGCAAAUGAGAAAGAAACUGCUUCAUCAAGCUCUGUCUGAGCUGAGCUGCAGAAGAUGCAGCACCAGAGACUUAUUGGCAGGUCCUAGAUUUUCUUUUAUAUUUUGAGAAAAGAACAACUUUUAAACGUUCACUGUUGAAGUUGAUGGACAAUUUAUCAUUAACCUUUAAGCAUUUAUAAUUUAAUAUAUCUCAAAAUAUAUGUAUCUAUCUGUAAUAUUAUUAUAAGUAUUGUACAGACAUAAAGGAAAGAGCAUGAUGUAUGAAGUACUCAAACCUCUUGACUUUCAUAUUCUGUCACAUUACAACAGUAAACUCUAAUUGUAUAUUUUUAGUGCUCUCACUGUUCAUCAGGAUUUUACACCUCUGACCAACACAAUGAACUGCAAAAUUGUGAAGUGCGAUAAAAAGGAUAAAUGGUUUUACAUCCCACCACCCAUUGUCCAUACCAGCUUAUUCUUGCAGGGUCACAGCAGGAAUGGUGUUUCUUCUUUUUGAAUAAAAAUCUGAAAAGUUUGGUGUA